CAACAGGAUGUGCCCUGAGUAGCAUAGAAACACGAGUCAGAGGAACUGGCACUAGGGCACGGGCAGGCGAAAACACAAGCUGGGGGAACAUUUUGUGGCACUGGAGCCGAUCAUUGGAUGCUUGGAUCAACGUGCAGCGUGUAACAGAGGGUUGGAUAACACAGAUCUUUCAGAGCUCUGCAUGUGUUUUUGGUGAGGUGUAUAUGGUUGCUGCUGGGAUAUGGAUGGGCCGCCGGACGGGGACAGUCGUGGCGUCCCACUGACCUGGAGGAUUUCUGGGAGAUAGACUCAAGACGCAGUGGGAGCACCUCCUGGUUGCUUCUGCUCUUCCAGCCUCAGACAUGAACCUGGUGCUCCUGGCCUUCAGGCUGAUGUGCCUGGCCUGGCUGUGGCCUGUAACACUACUCAACGGCAGCCACCAACCCAACAAGAGGAGGCACAAGGACGUGUACCUUGGAGAGAACAGCAAGAACCAACAUGGAGGACGAAUAGACUUUAAGAUGAAAAAGUCUGACAGCACCAAGUCCCUGCUAAUUAAAUCUGAACAGCUGCUCCGUAUCGAGGACCAUGACUUUGCAAUGCGGCCUGGCUUUGGAGGGGCAGCUAUUCCUGUGGGCAUAGACGUGCAGGUGGAAAGCAUUGACAGUAUAUCUGAAGUCAACAUGGACUUCACCAUGACUCUGUACCUGAGACACUACUGGCAGGACGAUCGGCUGGCCUUUCCUUCCAGCAGCAAAAAGAGCCGGACAUUUGACGCUCGGCUGGUGAAGAAGAUCUGGGUGCCGGACGUGUUCUUUGUCCACUCCAAACGUUCCUUCAUUCAUGACACGACCAUGGAGAACAUCAUGUUGAGGGUGUACCCUGACGGCAACAUUCUCUACAGUGUCAGGAUCACUGUGACUGCUCUUUGCGCCAUGGACUUCAGUAGCUUUCCUUUGGACACACAGAAAUGCUCUCUGGAACUGGAGAGCUAUGCGUACAAUGAGAACGACCUCAUGCUCUACUGGAAGAACGGGAACGAUUCAUUAAGGACUGAUGAGAUCGUUCUCUCACAGUUUUUUAUUGAAGAAUUCCACCCUUCCUACGGGCUUGCCUUCUACAGCAGCACGGGUUGGUAUAACAGGCUCUACAUAAACUUCAUCCUCAGGAGGCACAUCUUCUUCUUCAUGCUGCAGACCUAUUUCCCCACCAUGCUGAUGGUGAUGCUCUCCUGGGUGUCCUUCUGGAUUGACAGGAGGGCUGUGCCUGCCAGAGUGUCACUGGGUAUCACAACAGUUCUGACCAUGUCCACCAUCAUCACAGGCGUGUCAGCCUCCAUGCCUCAGGUGUCUUAUGUAAAAGCUGUGGACAUCUACCUGUGGGCCAGCUUUCUGUUCGUCUUCCUGUCCGUCAUUGAGUACGCCGCUGUCAACUACUUCACCACGGUGGAGGAGAUGAAGAAGCUCAAGGGGGGAAAGAUCCCUGCAGAUUUCAAUGCCACUCAAACUAUGGCUUUUGACGGAUGUUACCAUGACAAUGACAUUGAUCUGACACCCUUCCCAGAGCUCCUCAGCACCCCCAACACAGAGCGGAGUCAGACGGCCACGUCGAGGAACUCUGCUGCAGAGCCCCCACCCACAGAGGGCACCAGGCUACGACGCAAAAAAUCCAUCAAACACAACCUCAGCUUCAUCAUGAGUAACAGCUACAUGAUUGACUCCUACUCCAGAGUCGUCUUCCCCAUGACUUACCUGAUGUUCAACAUCAUCUACUGGAGCCUGUACUCAUGAGUGUGUACUCUACUAAUAAAGAUGGACAGAACUACACUGCAGAACUACACUGCAGAACUACACUAGAGAACUAUACUGCAGAACUACACCGCAGAACUACUCUGAAAAACCAUACUAGAAAACAAUACUACAGAACCAUACUACAUAACCAUACUAGAGAACCAUACUAGAGAACUAUAUUCCAUAACCAUACUAGAUAACUACACUACAGAACUAUACUACAGAACUACACUGCAUAACUAUACUAGAAAACUAUACUACAUAACUAUACUACAGAACUACACUGCAUGCCUACACUACAUAACUAUACUACAGAACUACACUGCGUAACUACCCUGCAUAGCUAUACUACAGAACUAUACUACAGAACUAUACUACAGAACUACACUGCAUAACUAUACUAGAAAACUAUACUACAUAACUAUACUACAGAACUACACUGCAUACCUACACUACAUAACUAUACUACAGAGCUACACUGCAUAACUAUACUAGAAAACUAUACUACAUAACUAUACUACAGAACUACACUGCAUACCUACACUACAUAGCUUUACUACAUACCUAUACUACAGAACUACACUGCAUAACUAUACUAGAAAACUAUGCUACAUAACUAUACUACGGAACUACACUGCAUACCUACACCACAUAGCUAUGCUACAUAACUACACUGCGUAACUACACUACAUAGCUAUACUACAGAACUACACUGCAUACCUACACUACAUAACUAUACUACAGAGCUACACUGCAUAACUAUACUAGAAAACUAUACUACAUAACUAUACUACAGAACUACACUGCAUACCUACACUACAUAGCUAUACUACAUACCUAUACUACAGAACUACACUGCGUAACUACACUACAUAGCUAUACCACAGAAGUAUAUUGCAGAAUUAUACUACCAUACAUCAUCUAAUAGGUUAUUCACACUGACAACAGCAUCAGCAUCUAGCCGUUGUAUUCUGCCACCCAUUGGAUUAUGACCUUAUCCAUUGGUGUCUACCAGAGUGUAUUGUGGGAGUUUUGGACAGUCAAGCCCAACUGAAGAAAAGAGACUAUUGAGUAAACCUGAUUUUUAUUAGAAAUCUGGGUUCAGGUGGGAAGUUGGUGGUACUGUUCAUUGGAGUGUUUCUAUUGUAAUUAGGGUUGCAUACUGGUAAUUUACCAAAAUUGCCAGAUUAAUUAACAGGUAAUCUAUGGCAAAGGUAACUUUGGUAAUUUAUACUUGAAUAACUUUUGAAAAAAUGUAUUCAUACGUAAUAAUCAUUCUUUAUAUAUGUGUCCAUAUUGUCCAUUAAUUUCUAGUGGAUAGACUAUGGUUCGAGAGAAAAUCGAUUUAAAAAAUGUAAAAAGCAUCUAAUCAACCAAUGACAUUAUUUUCAAUUAACUCUGAAACUCUUCCAACUAUUGACUUUUUCACAACUGCAACCAGUUUGGCGCCCAAAAAUGUACAAGUACAUAUUGAAAUAGUAAAAUAAAUAAAAGUGUGUGAAGAAAAUAUAAAGGAUAUUUGAUGCUGAAACUCUCAUAUUAAACACCAAUGGUAUUCAUUAAGUUGCUGGUUUAUAUUUAGGAUAAUGUUUUACAGAUUUGUAUAAUGUUAGAAUCAUCUUAUUUGAGUAUUUUAAAUGUUUUACAUGUGAUAAGGCCACACAGAUGGCCAGAGAUAAUGACAGACACCUGUGGUAAUCUGAAGUACCCGAAAGGACCACCAGAUGUCUUGCGAUAAAUUACAUUUAAUCCUUUAAAAAGUUACUACAAAAAUUCUGGUAGUUUAAAGGUCAACUUUGAAAGUUUCCAGUAAUAUACUCUCCGUUUGCAACCCUAACUGUAAUGGACAGUUGUUUUUUGUCCACUGGUUUAUACAUUUAGUUAAUGUGAGUAGUAUGAAUUUAAAUGUGCAUGAAAUGAAUGUAUACAUGCAUGUGUCUGUCAAAU